AUGUCAAAGGUUGCUAAGCUUGAUCAAAGAGUUAAGGAAUAUCUGGAGGAAGCUUGGUAUGAAAAAUGGGCUCGGUGUCACUCUCAUGUAAAUAGAAGUAGAAUGAUGACUUUAAAUAUAGCCAAAUGUAUUAAUGGUUGUUUGGUUGAGGCUAGAAAACUUUCUAUUCUAGGUUUCCUAGAAGAAGUUAGAAUCUUAUUUGCUGCAUGGAAUUGUAAGAACAACAAAAUUGCAUCGUACACAAAUACAACUCUUGGCAGAAGAUUUGAAGAAAUUAUAACUCAUAAUGGUGUGAAAGCUUUGCGGAUGAAGGUUAAACUAGUAUAG